UGCCUGUCUGACUUUGUUCUUCACCAUGGCUUCUCACAAGACCUUCAGAAUCAAGCGCUUCCUGGCUAAGAAACAAAAGCAAAAUCGUCCGAUUCCACAAUGGAUUCAGAUGAAAACCGGCAAUAAAAUCAUGUACAACUCCAAGCGGAGACACUGGAGACGAACCAAAUUGGGUCUCUAAGGAACCACACACCACACAUACUUACUAAGCUGUCUGAGGGUUAUCAUUAACAUACUGUACCAGGAUCACAGCAUUACCAUUGUCUGGACAGCUGAGUAUGUUCAUUAGGAAUGUUUUCUUUCUUUCUGUGCUCUUGUGGGUUCAUUCAGUAGUUGAGUAAUAAAUAUAGGAAACCUUUAGAAGAAAA